CAAUUAUUUCGUUGCAGAUGCCUGCGUUGAGUCGCCUGUUGUCACGGUGAGGGCUGUCACGGCGAGGGCUGCCACGCGACUGAAGUUUUCGCUCGCUGACGGGGGAUGCAAGUCGCUCGAGUCCGCUGGAUACACUCGUGAGCGGGGAUUCACUCGUGAGCGGGGAUUAUUCACUCGGGAGCGGAAGCUGAGGGGGGAGCGGACGGUGGGAGAAGAUGUGGAAGAAGAAGAGGGAUCGGGAACUCGCCUAUCAGAAUGAGGGCUUUGAGGGUAGCAUCCCCGGAGGGAAGAAAAUUAUCGAUGGAUUCGCCGUGAAGGACGACGAGAAGUACGAUGGGACGAUGGAUGCAGAGGUGGCGAGGCGAGAGGGGAGCAAGAAAGGUGGCAUGAUAGGUGGCAUGAAAUGUUGCAUGAAGGGUGGCGGGAAGGUGGAGCGAGGAAGAUGGGGGCAGCCGGUGGAGUUUCUCUUCUCCUGCAUCGCCAUGUCGGUGGGGCUGGGGAACGUGUGGAGGUUCCCGUUCGUCGCGUACGAGAACGGGGGCGGGGCGUUUCUCAUCCCGUAUCUCGUGGUGCUGUUCCUCGUCGGGACGCCGCUCUUCUACAUGGAGCUGUGUCUGGGACAGUUCUUGGGACGGGGAUGCGUUCGGGUCUGGGAUGCCGUGCCUUUCUUCAGAGGUAUAGGCUUCAGCCAGCUGGUUGCAGUGUCGCUGGUGGUGUCCUACUACUGCUACCUCGUGGGGAUCACGUUUUUCUACCUGGCCAAGUCCUUUCUGGAUCCGUUGCCGUGGUCCAAUUGCGAUUUCGAGGGGGCGGAUGAGCUGUGCUUCACGGCGGGAGACAACGCCUCGGUCAAUCUGUCGUUCAUGCAGUCGUCUUCGGAGCAGUACUACAUGUCGGUUCGGUUUCGGCACCACGUGUUGAAGCUGCUGCCAAGUGACGUCGGGAUCGACUCGGGACUAGGGACUGUGGACUACCGGCUCGUCGCCUGCACUGGGGCGGCCUGGCUGGUUAUUCUGUUCAUGCUCGUGAGGGGAGUGAGGAGCAGCGGGAAGGUGGCUUACUUCAUGGCGCUCAUUCCAUAUAUCGUGCUCCUAACCUUCCUUGGGAAAGGGGCGACGCUGGACGGGGCUGGGGAUGGGGUGCUCUACUUCCUCACGCCGGACUGGGGUGCUCUGUUGAGAUCAAAGGUUGUUGGGGGGGGUCGUCCCGACGACCUCGUCCACCCCCAACGUGUCGUCCACGGGUUUUGGACUCCGUCGAACCGCUCGUUGCAGGUGUGGUUCGCAGCGGCGUCGCAGUGCUUCUUUUCCCUGUCUGUGGCCUUCGGAUCCACCCAGAUGUACGCCUCGUUCAAUCACUUCGAACGGAACAUCUACUGGGACGCCCUGGUCGUCUGCGCAGUGGACACCUUCACCAGCCUCCUCUCCGGCCUGGCCACCUUCUCCGUCGUCGGUCACCUGGCCCAGCGCCUCAACGUCAACGUCUCCGAGGUCAUCAAGACGGACACCGGCCUCGCCUUCAUCUCCUAUCCGGACGUCAUCUCCCAGUUCAGAGUUCCCCAGCUGUACUCGGUGCUGUUCUUCGUGAUGAUGCUGACCUUGGGAAUCGGCAGCGCCGUGUCCUUGGUGAACACGGUCAUCACCGUCCUCUGCGACCGGUUCCAAUCGUUCAACCGGCUUGCUGUCACCGUUUUCUGCUGCCUCGUUGGGGCUGCGUCCGGAUUUCUGUACUGCACCCCGGGUGGGAUGUACGUGCUGAGGUUCGUGGACUAUUACGGAGGGAGCAUGGUUGUCUUCCUAGCGGCCUUCCUGGAAGGGGUUGCCAUCUCGUGGGUCUACGGCUUGGGGAACUUCUGCGACGACGUCCAGUUCAUGAUCCGGAUUCGUCCGGGGUGGUACUGGCAGUUCUGCUGGAAGGUCGCCGUACCGUUGGUCCUCGGGGCGAUAUUCGUGUACAACCUCGUGGAGUUGGAGCCCCUGAAAAUGGGGGAUUAUUCGUAUCCGUCCGUUCUCGGAGGCUUGGGUUGGCUGAUCACGAUCGUAGCGGUCGGGGCGAUUCCGGGCUUCGCCCUGGGCGCCGUCCUCAAGGCUGAUGGGGCUUCCUACAUGGAGCCUGAAGCCGUCGUCGUCGUGGAAGCCCCAGGACCCGCGGAUGGUCUCCUCGUGGCAAAAGGUCAAGGCGGAGGCGAGGCAGCGGCGCGAGGCGAAAAGGAGGCGUAA